CCUGAUACCGUGUGUCAUGGCGGCCCUGACGAAUCAUCGUCCGUCGGAGCAGCAGGUAUAACCGUGUGCUUUGCUCUUUCCCUCACAUCGAUGAUCAACUCCCAGGUUGGGAGAGUCAUCCUCUCAAACAAUAACAACAAGCACGUUUAAAGUGACAGUGUGAUAAUAAAAAUAUUGGCAAAGUAAAGGAAAACGACAGUGUGCAUCAAUGCUACACCGGAAAUAAAUGGUGAAAUUAAUUUGACGUGAAUCCAUCAAAUUCCGUGACUCUUUUUUUGUCUCUAGGCUGCACCUAUCAACUAUAGAAAAUGGCCGUGGACCCAACACAUCAACGAAUUGACAGAGAUAAUUUGGCGUUGUCUUUCAUCAAUAAUUUGUGAUUGAAUACGUGACACAGAAGGUUUCUGCAGGUGCUGCGUUAUAAAUUAUUCGGGUGAUACAGAUCUUAAAUAAGUUGAUGUGAAGGGUUAGGUGAACUGUUGUCAAGCAUUGGGGGGCUGUCGGUCGUCGACCGAAGGCCAAGGAACCUCGAGAUGUGAAACAAUCAUCUUCAUUUGUGAGUGACAAGUGCUGAGUUGUUUUUCAUUAAUUUUGAAAACGUAUUACGAAUGUGAUUUACGUAUAAAAUAUCACAUUGUUUUGUUUUCGUUGAGCUUUCGAGGCUCUUACGUGCGUUGAGUGGAGAUGAGAUUGUUAUUCGUGUAAUUAACUGGAGGGAUAUAAAAAGAAGAGAGAAAAAAAGUUACAACAAUGAUUAUAUUGCGCACCCGUUCAUGACGCACUUGCUGAUCGUCACUUUUUGGUGGAAUUUAUCAAGUUGUUUGGCUCCAAGAAAGCGAGGAAGAUGAGGAGGAAUCUCGUGAGCAUGAGCGUCUAUGCCCUCGUGGUGGUUCUCUUCAUUCUUUCCUCGUCGAUUGUUGAUGGAUUGAAAUGCCACUGCGACAUUUGUGCGGAUACGAACCACACAUGCGAAACGGAUGGCUACUGUUUCGCCAGCACGACUCUCGAUCGUGGAGAGAUCACUCAUGCAUACAGGUGCUAUAAUAAACCUCAGUUCUUCCCCGUGUCUGGUUAUGCCGUUUGGUGUGAUUCAAACGGUACACUUCAUAGUCCUGGUGGAAUUGAAUUUAUCGUUGCCUGCUGCGAUGACAUCGAUUACUGCAACCGUGAUCUCGAGCUUUCCUUUUCCACUCAAAUAACUGGUGAUUCUCCUCGCGGUCUGCACAGAUUCGAAAGAGUAACAGCAGCUGGAGGUGUUACAACAUGGGUGACAUGGAGAAUGGCUCUAUCGAUAGCUCUCCCAAUCUGUGCUGCAUGUAUAAUUGUGAUGGCUGUCUAUCACGUACACAUGAGCCGCCGAAGACCAGCCAGGCAUUUUCCUGAUGACUCGAUGGAAGCACCAGACAGGCCCAUUUUGGGUGGAGUCACAAUCAGGGAUAUGCUGGAGAUGACGACGAGUGGCAGUGGUUCAGUGGGACUACCACUUCUGGUGCAGCGCAGCAUAGCACGACAGAUACAACUCGUUGAGACGAUCGGCAAGGGUCGAUUCGGCGAGGUCUGGCGUGGUCGUUGGCGUGGGGAAAAUGUUGCUGUGAAAAUCUUCAGCUCGAGGGAAGAAAGAUCGUGGUUCAGGGAGGCUGAAAUUUAUCAGACUGUUAUGCUGAGGCAUGACAAUAUUCUUGGAUUUAUUGCUGCCGAUAAUAAAGAUAACGGCACGUGGACGCAGUUGUGGCUUAUCACAGAUUACCAUGAGAAGGGAUCGUUGUUUGAUUUUUUGAACCGUACAACAGUCGACGUUAAUGGAAUGAUGAGGAUGGCCCUCUCUAUGGCAACUGGUCUUGCUCAUCUUCACAUGGAGAUAGUUGGUACUCAGGGCAAACCAGCGAUCGCGCAUAGGGAUCUCAAAUCUAAAAAUAUUCUCGUUAAGACUAAUGGCACUUGUGCCAUUGGUGAUUUAGGUCUUGCUGUGAGACACGAUGUUAUUACGGAUACUGUUGAUAUACAGCUGAAUAACAGAGUUGGCACUAAACGAUACAUGGCUCCCGAGGUUUUGGAGGAAGCGAUAAACAUGAAUCACUUUGACUCGUUCAAAAGAGCAGACGUAUAUGCACUAGGUUUAAUUCUGUGGGAAAUAGCAAGGCGAUGCAACGUCGGUGGCAUUCAUGAUGAUUAUCAGCUACCGUUUUACGAUCUUGUGCCCUCCGAUCCCACAAUCGAGGAAAUGCGAAAAGUCGUGUGUACGGAUCGACAGAGACCGUCGAUACCAAACAGAUGGCAAUCUAAUGAGGCGCUUCAAGUUAUGUCUAAAGUUAUGAAGGAGUGUUGGUAUCACAAUGCAGCAGCAAGACUCACAGCUCUCAGGAUUAAAAAAUCACUCGCCAACUAUGGGUCAAUUGCAGACCUCAAAUGAAACAUACAAACUAACGUAAUGAUUAAAACAUGUGAAAGAAUUCAUGAUUGCCUGAUGGCAAUCUUUCCUUAAUCUUCCGGUGUCAUCAAUUAAACCAUCUCGACGUUGAGAUUAUUGUUUCGAAUGAUGAAAUUGUGUAAACGUGGAUGAUUGGUUGUAAAUGGAAAACUGGUGAGUUGAGUUUCUUGUCCUUUCAAUUCAUUAUUUUACGAUGAAUCAAACAAAGAUGGAGGCCGGAGAGUUUUUGCAUUACAAAUGCACAAUUAAUGAUUAUUUUCUUUGGGUUGUCAAUCAGCUUAUUAGCGGAAUUUAAACAAUCGGAUAUUAUUAAUAUGAUCUCUAUUUGAAGAACAUAAGAAUAAUAUGCUUUAUUUGAUAAUUUGCGUGGUGAUGUUGUGAUCUAUUUAAUGAUCAAACUUUCUUAAUCAGCUGUCAGCUGAUAACGAAGAGAUUAACCUCCAAUCACAGAGGUUAUGCAAUUAUGCAAUGACUGAGGUGAUUUGUUGAGUUUUUUCUAGUAAUGUCUUUUUUAAUGACAAAUUAAUAUGGCAUUACACGAGACACGAGUGUUAUUUAAACUUAAGAUAAUAAGCCGAUUGACAACUCGUCGAAAUGAUCAUUCAUUAAGGGAAAGUAGAACAAAAAAAAAAGUAUACAAAUAUUUUUGGGUUUGGGAAUAUAGUUUAUUUACCAUCAUUGGGUGGAAUUUUCAUUCAUUACCCGAAAAUUUUUAAAAUCUUGAACAAUCAAUUUUUAUCCCUUGAAAAUUAUUUUCAUAUUUUAUGCAUUAAGUUUGCUCAUGUUUAAUGCAAAUUUCUCGUGAUAUCAAGGGAUUCAUGGUCUCCUUGCGCUAUUUCUCACCGCUGUUAGGGAUAGAAUCGAUAUGGUACAGAGAGCUUAUGCAUGAGAAGGUUUACAAUCGGCGUUUGAUAUUGAAACCAGAUGAAUGAAAGAAUUUUUUGUUAUACUAAAAAUCGAAAGCAGCUUCAUUUUGUGCGCUCGUCGUUGUGUCAAACAUUAGCCACACUAUCCAAUUCCCUAGUCAGACUUAGAAACAGUGAAUUGCUGAUGAUAGCUUUUUCCCCUUAGAGUAGGUGAAGUCGAAUGUUUUUGCUCAAAUAUCACUUUUAAAUUGAAGGGACGCCAGAUAUUACCAAAUGAAUUAAUUUUUGCUUAAUCCGGAGGGGAUCGACGAAAAAAUAAACAAUCUGAUUGGCAUAAAUCGGUAGCGAAGUGUUCGAUCAGUUACGGUCGACUUACCUUUCUGUUUAAUUCAGUAGCGAAGAGAUAAACUGAUUCAAUUUGGUCUGGACAUUCAGUCAGUUUUGAAUGUAUAUAUUGGACUCUAAGAUAGACGGCGACAUUUUUAUUAUGAUCUUUUUUAGAAGUCUUUAAUUUACAAAAAUGGUCAUCAACAAAAUUUCUCUAUAUCUUACUGUCGGUGAUAUGGACCAGGCGUUACUGACAUUUCGCUACUGACAUAUUCAGUUUAGUUGAAAAUAAGGAUUUUUAAAUAAUUCCUUUAAAUUACGGAAAGGCUGACGUUGAAGGGUGCUAUGUUACGUCAGAUUGCUGAAAAUGAAUAACAAUUGGACAUGAAAGCUGGAUUGCAAUGAAAAUUUAAUAAACUACUAUUUUCGGAGUUUUAUUUAUAAUGAUGAUGUGAUAAGGUAAUCGAUUAGCUUUCUCAGUGUGAAAAUGUGUACGAAUGAUACGAUUGAAAAUGAUAAUAGUAAAUUGUAGCAGCUAUUGGACCGUCAACUAAAACGAGACUGAUCAUAACUGGAAGAUUGAAGAAACACCUCUUUGAUGAUUUUCAACGAGUUGAAAAUGGUAUUUUUAUAUUUUUCAUUGAACGCGAGAAGUCGUUCAUUUUUUUUUCCGUUAUUCAUUGUAUACUCAGACCCGAUAAAGGCCCAGCUGACUUAGGUUUUAUUUAAAGAAGAAGACGGAGAAUAGGAAGAAGAAGGACAGCAUGAAAUGCAAAUAUAUCUCUUUACAAUCCAUGGGAUGUACUUCAUGGAUUGCAAUUCACUCAAAGACUGAAGAUAAUAUUCAUAGUAGAUAAACUUUUUCUUUCCUUGUCGAUUAAAUUAGACAGUUUAUUUACAAUUGUCUAAUUUUUCAUCGAGACAACAAACGAUAUAGUGUUUAGUACGAGUCAUUAUCACGAAAAUAUAUCUCAUGAUAAUUCACAUACACUUGUUGUGACCCUUAAAAAAAAUGGGUAACUCAAUGAACGGUGACAAUUUCUUCACUACACUACCAAUAAUCAAUAAAGCAAUAAACGUUUGUUCACUCCACCCCAUACAUUCCCAUUACACGUAGGUUAAUUUUAUAUACGUAAUUGAAGAUAAUUAAUUUUCACUCGAAUAAUUCUGGGAUGAAAACCAAUUAACACAACCACCUCUUACAGUUAUACCACUAGUACAACAUUUGUGCCAAUAAAUAAAUCAAUCCAGACAGUGAAUAAAAGUGAUAAAGACUUUUAAUGGAAAAAUAUAACAGUUCAAAAUAUUAUCUACCCAUUUUUGUUCAUUAAAAAUGUCAAUGAUGAGAAUAUGUAGUUUCCUUUCGAGCUUCCUGCGUUGCAAUCUCCAGAAAUUAAUGUUAAUGGAUUAAAUAAUAAGUAUCAAUGUCGUAAGCCAGCUGGGCCUAAAAUUAUCGAACAGUCUAAUUCUAUAUCCGACAAACAGCCAAACUGCCAAUUAUCAAUUGUAGUUUCAUAACAUGUGAAUGGAAGAAAGAAAAAAAAAGCAAAGAAUAAAAAAAAAACAAAACCUUGCUCCGUUACAAUGACCCAACUGUACAAAAUGUAUACCCGUUGCAUGUGUCAACGAUUGAUAGUAAUAUAAGAAUAAUAUAAUUGAUAAUUAUGAUAGUAUAUAAAAACAAUGAAUUAAUUGCAAGUACCGAUAAGAUUAUUCUGCGUCUAGUUAUUUUAUUAAGUCGCUUUGUAUUCGGAUUUAGUAGCUGAACACACGAAUACAAAUUAUCAAUAAUGUUCGUGAAUGUUUUUAUUAUUAUUCAAAGUAAUGCCUUUGUAAGUGGUUUUUUAGGGCGCAUCAGAGUAAGAUUCCUUUGUUUUAUUUUUAUUAUUAUUAUUUUUUUAUAGAUAUAUAUAUUAUAUUUUUGUGUUGUAUAUCGUACUCUCGCUCUUUCGGUGUGACGAUUCGAAAUUUAUUGGAGAUUUUUUUUUAAAUAAUAAGGAGUUCCCAUGUCAAAUGAGUCAACAGGGAUGACCAUCAUUGUCCUAACAAUUGGUAUUAUUAUUUCACCUUACACUGGCCAUUUGAAGGAGAAAAAUGACUCCUCCAUUUUUGAAUUUUCACUUCACUUUCUUGGUUUCAUGUCUAUUAUAUUUGUUACAAGAAGUAUUGAAUUCAUUCACUGAUGAAAAUUUGUUUCGAAUCGUCCCAUCGGUUAAAAAACGAAAGCACUGCAGUGGCAACUCUUCCGUAAUGAUGUGAAAUCCUUCUUCCUCCGACAAUGUGAGAUCGAGACAGAGGAGUAUACAUUCCGUAGAAAAUCUCUCGAAGCUCGACAAUUGUUAUUGAGUUAUCACGUUGGCAACGGAAAUUUUGUACAAUUCCAGCAAUGGAAAAAAAAAUUUUAUUACCAAUGUGACUGACUGUCCACCUCAAAUGAUUUACCAGUCAAUAUCAUUUAAAGACUACAACUAAUAUAUUAGCUGGACCUCUCCUCGUGUAUAAUACCCUGUAAAUAAUGGUGUAAAUGAUACUCUCGAAUUUAUCGCAAAUUCAAAUAAAUGAGCACUUGUAAUUUUCAUAUGAAGAAUAUACGAGAAAAAGGAGGGGGAGACAGCGCAGAACAAAUGUAUGAAGGGUGGUAUUGUUUUUCUUAUCAUUUUAUUGUAAAGUUUUCGAGACAAAAAAAAACAAAAUCAUGAAAGCUAUGAACAAUA